AUGAAGAAAGAUUGGCGCCUUUGGAAAUAUUUAAAAACUGGAGAGACUGGGCUAGGUUGGGAUCCUACUACUGGAAAACUCGAUUGCUCUAGUGACUGGUGGGAGAAAAAACUCAAGGAGAAGCCUGAAGCGAAGAAGUUUCGUAAUAAGGCAAUACCUCCUUCUCUUGAAGAACAGUGGGAUCACCUAUUUGGAGACACGGUUGCUACUGGGGUAGAUUGUGUAGCACCUGCCGCCAUUCAUGAACCUUUGCACAAUAAAGAGCCCGUGAACAUAGACGAUGAUGAAGAAAAUGAGGGGAAUGUGAAUUUAGUGGAUUGA